UGCAUCAUCACUCUCUCUCUCUCUCUCUCUCUCUCUCUCUCUCUCUCUCUCUCCAUUAUAAUAACCAAGAACCCCUCAAUAUCAAACCCCACAUACUCUCUCUCACUCUCACAAACCCCUGUUCUCUCUCAUUAUAAUAACCAAACCUCACAUACUCUCUCUCUCUCUCUCUCUCUCUCGUACCAGCGGUACACUCUAACUUAGUCCGUAGGCACACAUUUAGGCAAGAGGGGUAAGUGAAAAUGCCAAGACCAAGUUCAUUUUUAAGGCAAUUGAGUGGAAGGGAGGCUUGGAAAUCAACAUCAAAGAGGUGGGUUGGUGGAAAUAACAAGUCUUGUGGUGGUGGUGGUAUUGGGCGCUCUGAGGGAAGCUUGAAGCAAAUGGAAGGGCUUAACAUGUACGGCAGUGACAGUAACAAUGGUGGGUUGGCAAUGAGGAAGAGAUUGAUGGUUGUGGUGGAUGACUCAUCACAUUCCAAGCAUGCUAUGAUGUGGGCUCUCACCCAUGUAGCAAACAAGGGUGAUUUGCUCACUCUCCUUCACAUCAUCCCUGCUUCUCAUGACUCUUCUUCUGUUUCCCCUUACCUUGCCAACUCUCUUGGCUCCCUUUGCAAGGCCUGCAAGCCUGAGGUGGAAGUGGAAGCACUAGUGAUCCAAGGACCAAGACUGGGCACAGUGAUAAGCCAGGUGAAGAAGCUAGAGGUAUCAGUUUUAGUGCUGGGUCAGAAGAAGUCCUCUCCCCUCAUCAGCUGCUUAUUUGGAAGCAGCAGCACAGAGGACUUUGUGGAGCAUUGCAUCAACAAUGCAGAGUGCUUGACAAUUGGAGUGAGGAAGCAGAGCAAGGGUGUGGGUGGCUACCUUAUCAACACCAGAUGGCAGAAGGAUUUCUGGCUCUUGGCUUAGUUCUCUAAUAAGAUUAUCUAAUCUCAUUAGUGUCAUAAUUAGUAAUUAAGUAUAGAUUAUUAGCUUGUAAUUUUAGUAUCUAACUACUAACUAGAUGAUGAGCUUUCUUUGUAUUAAUUAAUGAAAUGAAAGUCUGUCUUUCUAUGUU